AUGAGCGCCGGUGCCAGUCGCCGUCAGGGCAGCCGGUCUCAGGAGGAGCUGUUCCUGACUACCACCACACCGAAGCCAUCGCAAACGGAGUCGCCGGUUAUUGAACCACUGCGCAUCAACAAACGAGAAUCCCCUUCCCCAGCCUCAUCGAACGGCAUUGUUCUGCCCUAUCCGGAUGACCGGCAGAGACCCCAACAGGUUCGAACCGCGGGUUCCAGUGGUUCUAGUCCGAUCAGCUUAGCAGCGGCAUCUUGCGAUUCUCCCACUGUUCCGAAUCAUAUCUCCUCGCAGCAUUCAGGGUUUUCUACAGCUCUGCGGCCCCGUGAAGGACGUGAACCCAAGCAGGCAACUCUAGCUGAGCGACGAGGGAAUGUCCCAAAGCCGCUCCCUGAAUCUCCAAGCGGCGAUUCUCCAGACAGAGAAGGAUUAUUUGCUAGAAUCCACCCCCGCUUUCCGGCUCCCGCAUUGUCAAACGACGGCGCAUACCCGCAAAAUAGCAGCCCCGAGCAACAACACACGCUUUACUACCCGCCUCCACAAGCGUCCCCGAGACCAAGCGUCUCACAGAAUGAUCUGCAGCCGAAUAGCACAAUCAAUCGAAUCAGCUCCACAGCCUCAAAUUCGACGACGCGUGCUCAACGUGGCUCGCCACCGCCACCGGAGACUCCGGUGGUAGAACCUGGACAACAUCCGGCAUCAGAUAUCGAGGCUCGAUACGCAGCUUCUGGGAUAGCUGGGACUUCGACACUAGCAGGCUUGCAAGCACGAAGCGCUGCCGCCCAGAGGAGAGUAGAACAAUACGCCGGACAACAGCCUCGAAGUCGACAACCAGCGCCGGAGAUACCGCGGCCGUGGACUCCGACCGAACAACCUGGCACGCAACCUCAUGGGCCCCCUACUGUAUAUCAGGGGGCAGGGGUUGUAUCGGAUGAGGGUCGUUCAGCACCAAGCAGAGAACCAGAAGAGGCAUCGUACCAGGCUGCGCCGGUUCAGCAACCAGCGAGGAUCCCCCCGAAUGCUCUUGAAAAUGACCUUGAGCGCAUGCGAAUUAGCUCUUCCCCCCCGCCGGCCUAUUCAAGUGUAUCAGGGCCCGCUACCUCACAAGCCUAUUCCGCUGAAAAGCAGCGGCCUGUAGCAUCGGCGGGACAGCAACCUGUCACAGACGCUCACUCUAACGCUACGAGUCCCACAGGUAGUGCCUCUCAUGCCACUGCGCCCGUUGCAUCCGCUCAUCCAGCGUUUGCAAAUGAUUUGCGACGUCAGGGGUCACUGGCGGUGUCGCCCGAGAGCGGUCACCACUCCGUUCUCCAGCAAGCUCAAGUGAAUACGUUGUCGUCCGCGUCCUCUGGACUUCCACCGGCUUCUCCGCCACCACUACCCGAAGGGUGGAUUGCUCACCUGGACUCCAACUCCGGCCAAUAUUAUUACAUUCAUCUGCCCACUCAAUCAACUCAGUGGGAAUUUCCCAAAGGGCCAACGCCUUUGAACCUCAAUGACACUCCAUUGUCCCCGGUAGGCAGCGUGUACAGCAGUCACCCUCUGGCUUCGCCGGUAUUCUCGGCAUUUGGUAAGCCGCUGACCUCUCCUGGCCUCCCUUUGACCCCAGGAUACGAGAGCCUGCAAUCUCCUGUUGUGGCAGGGUUUAGUGGGCCUCCUCCAAGUAAUGGGAUAGAUUUGUAUAAAGUCGCACCGACGAAUGGUGUAUACUUUGGCCCGUAUCUCCGCUACACCAAUAUGGAUGUCGAGCGAGGCGUUUGGAUGGGCUCCAUACUUCUAGUCACCGAUGCGGCGCAACCUCCUACAAUACAUAUCCAUCAGAGUAUUGAUCUUUCACCGAAUCCACGUCAAUUGAAGGCGACACCUAUCGCUGUGCACCAGCGUUGGACCUUCUACAAGUACGAGAUUGAUCUACAGAUGGAUGAAACAGGGCCUGCUAAGUGGACCUACGCCAUCACGUCUCAUUUGGGUUGCACACGGUAUGAGUUCCUUAUUGCAGGGCGAUACGAAACAAGCUGGCGCUUUAUUACUACGUCUGGCAACGAUUUCUCCUUGAAUGUGAAUGCGAAUGAACGGUCCCGCCUUGGGGGUAUAGGGUUCAUGUGGAAAGAUAUUAUGCAGAAACAUAACGAAAUCGGGGGAUUCCAUGUGCAACUCUGCCUUGGAGGUCAGAUCUACGCUGAUCGUAUGUGGAAGGAGAUCUCGUGUCUGAAGCAGUGGCUUGCAAUGAGCGGAAAGGAGACGCGAAAAAACGCGCCAUGGACCACAGCCCACGAAGAAGACGUUUCCCAUGCGUACUUCCAUUAUUACACGAGCCAUUUUGACCAACCCUAUCUGCGCGAGUCAUUCGCGCAGAUCCCAUAUGUCUGCCAGAUUGACGAUCAUGAUAUCUUUGACGGAUAUGGCUCCUACCCGGAGCACAUGCAAUUCUCGAACAUGUUCAAGAAUAUAGGCCGAAUUGGAACGGAGAUGUAUCUGCUCUUCCAGCAUCAUACCACUCUGGAUCUACUCCGCAGUACCAGGACCGACACCGAUUUAUUCACAAUAACCGGUACUGGCUGGCAUUUUGUGAAAUACUUGGGACCCGCUGUAGUCGUCGUCGGGCUAGAUUGUCGAUCAGAGCGCAACCCGCACCAGGUCAUAGCUGGUCCAACAUAUCAAGGCAUCUUUCCUAAAGUGGCAAUGCUCCCUGCUAAUGUGCAACACUGCCUGUGGAUGCUCUCGGUACCCAUCAUUUAUCCACGGCUAGAGACAGCAGAACAUAUAGCACAUACGGUUGCAACGGGAAAGAGGGCCGUGACCGGGGCAUACAAUGUUCUUGGGAAAGUCACCAGCUCCGUAGCCGGUGUGGUCGGAGCCAAGGACGUCGUAGGCUCCGGUUUCAAUUCUGUCAAGCGUGCUGUGGGAAAGUCUGGUCUCAUGGGCGGAAUUCUUAGCCCAUUCGGGGAGCUGGAUCUAUUGGAUGAGCUUCGAGACCAAUGGACGCACGAAUCCAAGGAUCUCGAGCGAACCUAUCUGAUUCGCACCCUUCAGGGUAUCUCUCAUCAGAAGUCUUUGCGCAUGACCUUCCUCUCUGGCGCUGUGAAUGCUUGCGGUGCUGGACUAGUGCAUGAUCCAGCCCAUCCGUCAAACCAUAAGACAAUGUACCAACUAAUCUCUUCGCCGGUCGUGAACAGUCCCCCGCCCUCAUAUGUCAUGAAAAUGCUUCACAGCAACAACAAGCCCCUCUAUAUUCCCGCCAACGGCCAUCGCUCGACGCCAUCACAGCCAACCGACACUAAAGAAGAUAUGAUGGAGAUCUUCCAAUCCGACGUGACAGGACAAAGUCGUGAGCACCGCAAGCUGAUGGGCCGUCGAAACUAUGUGGCUAUCGUUGCUUAUGAUCCGGACGCUGUGAACACGAUGUAUGGACAGGCUAUUUCGAACCCUGGGAGUGGGAGGUUAAACCUUGCUGCGGAUUUCAUGGUCCAGGGAGAUGGAACCUUUGGGACGGUUGUGAAAUACGGACCGGUAAUUGUCCCUAGCCUGGAAUCUGGAAAGUGAACCGGAGGAAUCUAUAUUUCUCCCAACGCCAUCACCCCUCUACCUUGCUCUCAAGUCCUCACUCCAUACUGUUGCCUUUGAUGGAAGAAAAGGUCUGGCUAUAACGUUUCUGUUUGCGUGGCAUAGUUCAAAUUAGUAGUGACCAGUAACUAUCUGCCAUUAGCCGAUCAUCUUGUAUACUAAUGUCGCGUCAUACACGUUAUCCCUGCAAUGCUGCUAAGCCACGGUGCCAACAAGAGAGCUGCUGGACCAUGAGGCCGGCUAUAGUAGGUAUUGUCCUAACGGGGCACCGGCACAUUCCUGCCUUCGAAAUGCUGUGUUACAUCCUAC